UCUCUACCAAAAUCCGGGACACAUGGCAAAAUGGAUUCAAGAGUUACAGAAAAAACAUGGUGACAUGUUUGAAAUUUGGGUCGGCUCACAGCGGCAAAUCUGGUUAAACAACGCAGGUCUUAUUGCCAAAGCCACUCUGUCAUCAUCAAAGACCGCCUUUGUUAUUCGUUACUCGCAUGAUUCGGGAGUGGAGGAAUGGGGUGACACUACUGGAAUAUCGUUUAAUCGGGUUCCAUGGAGUUGGCGAUAUAACAGAAAAUUACUUAGCGAUGCUGUGAAUUCGCCGAGCUUUCUUAAAGAAUUCACUAGAAUGAUGCAAAAAUAUUUUGGAGAAUUGGAGACCUAUUGGCAAGAAAUAGGAUUAGAUAAGCCACAAGAUAUUCAAAUCUGGGUGAACCGAUUUAUUUCCGAUAAGCUUUAUCUUACCACAACAGGAAAGAAUCUUAAUUUUAUGGCGAAACACUUUAAUAGUCUUUCGACAAACAGGAAAGUUGAUAUUUCUACAAGUGAUUCAGAAACGAUUGCGAAAUUUGUAACCGCAAUAAAUUUAGCAUCUGAAUCGAUCUACUUUUACACCACCGUCCCUAAUAUUCUCAAAAGAACAAUCUAUCGUAAUCUAUCUAAGAAAUACCAUACAGCUCAUGACACAAUAAAAAGGGUACUCAGCGAAAUCAUUCAGGAACAAAGAAAGAUCAUAGAUGAUACUCCAAUUGACACUCCAAUUAAGGCCGAUGUUUUGAAUGCGCUAAUUAUCGCCAACACGGAACGAGAUACUUCUCGUAAGAAGGAUGAUGAAUUUUCAAGACCUGCAACAGAUGAAGAAAUUCAAGCGGCUCUUUUCGAAACUAUUAUAGCAUCUGUCUCGACGACGUCAAAUGCAUUCGCAUUUUUCAUUCAACACGUUGGCCGUGACAAAGAAGUCGCGAAAAAGAUUCAAGAAGAAAUCGACAAAGUAUUUUCUGGUGAUCCAAAUAUUGAAUUUUCUUACAAAAAUUUUAAACAACUUGAAUAUAUCGAAGCAGCUCUCAACGAAACGAUGCGUCUUCACUCUGGUGCUCCAAUUAUGUUUCGAACGAAUAAUAAACGGACUGAAGUUGGAGGUUUUUCUUGGAAAACAGAUACACAGUUUGGC